AUGAUUGGUCAAUUUGAACAAGUGACAAAUUUGACAAAAGAAGUAUGCAAAGAUGGUAUCAUAGUAUCAGCCGCGUUAACCUCCUUAUCAAAUGUUAUCUUGUACUUUCUAUCCUUGUUGUAUUGCUUCUUGGGCACUGCGAUCAUUGCAAAUGUCUUCAUGUGUUCUAUCGAAAAAAUUACAUCAUCAACCAGAAAAGUUGAAUUAAAACAUCCGAUAAGAAACGUAGAGUGUGAAACUACUGAUUCAGAAGAAGAUGUAGAAAUGCGUGUUUGGAAUCCAACUGUAGCUAAUUUAAGUUUAAUGGCAUUAGGUAGCAGCGCGCCGGAAAUUUUGCUUUCAGUAAUUGAAAUUACAGCUAAUCAUUUUCGAAUUGGUGAUCUCGGACCCGGCACUAUUGUUGGUUCUGCAGCAUUUAAUUUGUUAUGUAUCACAGCUGUAUGUAUCUUGGCUGUGCAAUCACCGACAGUUAAACGAAUUCAGGAGACAUUCGUUUUUGCUACGACGUCAUUAUUUAGCUGCUUCGCAUACAUUUGGCUUUUUAUUAUAGUAGUGAUAAUAUCACCAAACGUAGUAGAGCUAUGGGAAGCAUUGGUCACUUUUGGUCUCCUCUUCGUCUUAAUAAUUGUUGCAUACUUGGUGGACAUCAAAAUUUGGAAACGUAACAAAACUUACCUGAACGAGGUGUAUCAAAUUGAUGAUGCUGAUGAUGGAGAACAUAAAGACGACGAUAUUGAUACUUAUCUAAGGAAGUUUGCUAGCGAAAUGAAGUUCGGAAAUAAUAUGAUCGAAGCAACGAAUAAAGUAAGCGAUCACGAAGCAUUACGUAAUAUACUACGGCGGAUUUCACGAGCUUAUCCGAACCUUUCACCAGAUGAACAACCUAAGUUAUUGGCUUCCAAAUUAAGGAACAUACAGGACCGUCACUGUUUGUGGUAUCGCAUACAAUUGAUACAAAAGUUAACUGCUGCCACUCGCAAAAUGGGUUGGAAAUCGGAUUCUAAGGGAAUGCUGGAAGAGGUUGAUGGUGCAAAAAGAACAUCAAAAAAUGGAGGGGUCAUAGAAUUUUCGGCUCGCGUAUAUUCGAUCACUAGAGGAAGCAGUAAAGUUAUGCUAAGAGUUAUUCGACAUGAACCAACCGAUGAAAAAGUUGCAUUUCAUUAUUCGACGAAAGACGGUGUGGCCAAGAAGGGUCUUCAUUUUCUAGCGAAAUCAGAAACUAUGGAAUUUAGUUCUGGCGAAAAGGUUAAGGAAAUCUACAUAAAUUUGGUGGAAGGUGCAACAUGGCGAUCUGGUGAUGUAUUCUAUGUUUGUUUGAAACUGCUUGCAAGCGACCAGAAAAACAUAAUCGGGGAGACAAAUGUGGCAAGAGUUCAAAUUGUCGAUGAUUCUUCAAUUUUGGUCGAUAAACCGAUCGUGCAGUUUGUCAAAAACAAUUACAUUGUGAAAGAAAAUCAAAAAUAUGUACGAGCUUUUGUUACCUGUCUUGGCCAGCGUAAUGAAUGCACUUUCAACGUAUAUUAUGAAACAGAAGCUGUUACAGCCAAAUGUGAUGAAGAUUAUAAAGGGAUUAAUGACGGAGUACUGACAUUUAUGGGUAAUGAGUAUGAAAAGUAUAUCGACGUGAGAAUAUACGAUGAUAUGAAUGAAGAGAAAGAUGAAACAUUCAAUAUACACCUCAUCACCUCUACAGGAGGAGUAACAAUUGGGCCCAAUAAACGUGCUGUGGUCACAAUUAUUUGUGAUGAUAAUGUACUGAAAAAUAUUAUGAAUGUUCGAAAACUAACAUCAUAUUACUUUAAGCAAGUGAUGCACGGAUCUGAUACAUGGCUCGAACAACUUAUCCAAGCGACAUGUAUCAAUGCUGGUGAUAUUGAAAAUGCGACAUUGAUGGAUUGCGUGUUGCACAUUUUAUCAUUUCCAUGGAAGGUCAUGGCAGCUUUAAUUCCGCCAGCCACAACUCUGGGCGGAUGGUUGGCCUUCUUUUGUGCGCUAGUCUUGAUUGGUUUCAUUACUGCCGUCAUAGGUGACCUGACAAGUAUACUUGGUUGCAUGAUCGGUCUAAAAGAUGCUGUUACAGCGAUAACUUUGGUUGCAUUGGGUACUAGUCUACCAGAUACAUUUGCAUCAAAAAUUGCCGCUCAAAAUGAUAACACAGCUGAUAAUGCUAUCGGUAACAUAACUGGUUCUAAUGCGGUAAACGUAUUUGUUGGACUUGGAUUACCGUGGACUAUUGCUGCCAUAUAUUGGUCCACCAAGAAUGAACUAUUUAUAGUCAACGCUGCCGAUUUGGGCUUCAGUAAUUUCAGUGUUGCAAUAUUCAUGGCUACGUGUACAAUCUGCAUACUAUUAUUAAUAGCUCGACGAUUUUUGGCAUUUUUUGGCAAAGGUGAACUUGGAGGUCCAGUAGGACCUAAAAUUUUCAGUGCUUCGAUUCUUUUUGUUCUUUGGUUGGGUUAUGUAUUGUUGUCGUCUUUACAAACCUAUGGUUACAUUUCUGUUUAA